UUCACACUGCACCACUACAGUUCCGGUUCCACCUCGUAACGGCACUACAGCGAAAACGACGGCGGGAAGUUAUUAUUAUCAAUUUAACCAAAAUUUUGCAAUAAGUAAACGGACGAAAUUGUCCACGGUCGACAGUUGACUAUCCGUAAUUGAUGGCUGUGUAGACGGAGGUACGAUAACGGUAACCUGAGCUUAGUGGCGUGGGAUUCAGCUACCAUGGCUAACGUCGGAAACCAACUGCCAACACAGGCCGUUAGCAAGCCUGCAGCAGGAAAACAUGGAAAUGUACUGCCCCUGUGGGGCAACGAAAAGACUAUGAACCUCAACCCGAUGAUUCUUACCAAUGUACUGUCCUCGCCGUAUUUCAAAGUUCAGCUUUAUGAACUAAAGACCUACCACGAAGUUGUGGACGAAAUCUAUUUCAAGGUGACUCACGUUGAGCCCUGGGAAAAGGGAAGCAGAAAGACUGCCGGUCAGACUGGAAUGUGCGGAGGGGUGCGUGGAGUUGGGACUGGUGGGAUUGUAUCUACUGCUUUCUGUCUUCUAUACAAACUGUUUACUCUCAAGCUGACUCGCAAACAGCUGAUGGGUCUGAUCACUCACACAGACUCUCCAUACAUCAGAGCACUUGGCUUCAUGUACAUAAGAUACACUCAGCCCCCUACAGACUUGAUAGAAUGGUACGAUGGCUUCCUGGAUGAUGAGGAGGAGCUUGACGUGAAAGCAGGAGGCGGCUGUGUUAUGACCAUUGGAGAAAUGCUGCGCUCCUUCCUGACCAAACUCGAGUGGUUCUCCACUCUGUUCCCGCGUAUCCCAGUGCCUGUGCAAAAGAUUAUUGACCAGCAAAUAAAAGCGAGGCCGCGUAAGGUAGCUCAAAAGGAGACACAGGAGGAGGAGGAGACCACUUUUACAGAGUCAGGGAGGCAAGGAGAACGGCGGCGCUCCAGGACACCUAGACGAACGCCGAGCCCCCGAAGGUCGCCCAAACGGUCCAGAAGCAGGAGCCACCACCGCGAGAGAGACCGCCACGGCCCCAGCUUUGAUCGAGAGCUAGAGAGAGAACGUGACCGCCAGAGGAAGGAGAGGGAGGGCAGGGACCGAGACAGGGAUAACAGAGGGGACCGAGGGGAAAGGGAAAGACGGCGAUCUCGUAGCGCAGACAGAAACCAGGAGCGGCGAGAACGCAGAAGAAGUCGCAGCGGCAGCCGGGAGCGGAGAAGCGAACGCAGAGAGAAAGAAAGAGAAGGAGGGGAUGACAGGAGCAGGAGGAAGGACAGGGAUCACCAUAAAGAUAGAGGCAAUGAGAGGGAGAGGUCCAGGGACAAGAAGAGCAGGGGAGAGACUGAUGAACGGAGGCAUAAAGAAGACAGGGAAAGGCACAGGGAAGAGAGAAAGGCCAAACGGUCGAGUCGGAGUCGAAGCAGAGACAGGAGGCACAAAAGUGGAGGAGAAGAAAAGAGCAGGAAAAGAGAUCGAAGCCACAGCAGAGAGAGGGAUCGAGAGAGAGACGGAGAGCAGCGUUCUCACAAACGUAGUCGUAGCAAAGAGAGGAGCCACCAUCAGCGAGAGUCCAGUAACGACCACAGUAAACAUAGUGAACGCAGAAGGAGUCACAGCACUGAGUAAAUGUCGCCUCGCAGCAAUAUUACUUCUUCUACUCCUGUGUUUUUCUUCCUGUUUUCUACCGUCUGUCACUUGUGCUAAAAAGAAGGAAUGUUAGCACGUCGGACCUCUGGAGUUGUCGUCUUUUGGCCAUGUAAUGUUGCUUUAUGUUUAUUUUUUCCCUGCUAUUUCACCCCCUGUUAGACCAUUGUUAGUCUCCACUUGAAAUCUGAAAAGUGGCAAAAAUGGCAUUUUAAUUUUCUAUGGUUCGUGUUUUUGCCCCUGGAAGACAUGGGUUUGUACAUAAUGUUUGGAGGCUGACUACACACGGUAAAUGGGUGGAGUUGGAUUUCCUGCUGGUUUGGACGCAGUCGCUGCUGAAGGUUCAGCUCCACACUGUCGUCAUGGACUACAUGAAAAGCGAUAAUUAUUUUCUGGCUGUACAAAAGUCAAUACACACUUUAAAUUUUUUUUAAAAAGGCUAAUGCUGCAGUGCAUAUAUGAAUGGUUAACGUUAAGAUCUGAGUAUUUUGGCAAUGCGGCUCAACCAGCACAAACCCAACUCUGUCCAUGAUUGUGUGUAGACGGUCUGAGAAUGUUUUAAUCCUCUAAAGGGCAGUCUGCAAAGGGUAUUUUUUACCACACACACUUGAGUCCUGCUUGUGUUGUGUUUGGGUUAUUGCUCUGUUGCAUUUUGUUUUCUAAUAAAACACUUUUACAAAUGA